AUGGGGAUGAAAAAUAUGUUAGCCCUGAGAGAUGUUGUAAUGGGGACUUCUUGUGGAGACACAGGAAAUACAGGUUGCGUUAAAGGGAGUUUCGGUUUGUUCUGCCGUCCCCGGAGACCUGGAGCUCGGGCAAACAAAGGUCUGAAAUUCGGAACCAACGUGAAAUAUAAAAAAGGUAUCUUCAAGGAGAUCCUCCACCAACCUCUGCCAGCCGGCGGUUGUCAUAUUAGUACGACACUGCCACUAUAUCGCUGGCAGUGGAAUUUCGCUCUACUCCUGAAUCAGGGAAAUCGUGGGGGCAGGAUCCAUAAGUAAAGGUAAG